CUGUGAGUCCUGAUCCACAUCCUAGCUCAGACUGCGACUGGAGAGAGCCGCUGGCAGGAGGUAUUUUAGGAGCAUCACUUCCGCUGAGCGUAUGUUGGACUCAAGUAUUCUACUGUAGCUACUAAAAACAACUACCACAGCAACAAAAGAAAGGACAACAAAAUGGGACGUUCCGCAAUUCCAAUGUUUCUGGCUAUGCUGUCCUUUUGCGUGUGCGGAAGCGUCGAGGGCCUGGCCAUCAGCGAGGUGAACGGGCCUGGUCCCCAGGUGGCAGAACCGCAGAUUGCGAUGUUCUGUGGCCGUCAGCUCUUGCACAUGAACCCGCAGACGGGCCAGUGGGAGCCAGAUCCUCAAGGCCGCAAGGACUGCUUUAAAGAUCCGACAGAAAUUCUGUCUUAUUGUCAGGAGAUGUACCCAGCGCUAUCCAUGUCCCACGUGGAGGAGGCCAAAAGUCCCGUCAACAUCCCUUACUGGUGUAAGAAAGGCUGGAGCCACUGUCAGGCCCGCCCCUUCAUAGUGGUGCCCUAUCGCUGCCUAGAAGGUGAAUAUGUGAGCGAGGCCCUGCUGGUUCCAGACCGAUGUCGUUUCCUCCACCAGGAGCAGAUGGAUGCCUGUGAGAGUUAUGUGUACUGGCACAACAUUGCAAAGGAGGCGUGCACUGCAGACAAUCUGGAGCUCCAUAGCUAUGGAAUGCUUUUGCCUUGUGGAGAAAAUUUCCGUGGCGUGGAGUACGUGUGCUGUCCUGGUAGAAGCAGUUCCAGCAGCAAAGCAGACUUGGAGGAGAGAGAACUCCUUACUGGACACCAGACUUCCCAGAAUGGCGGAACACUCAAUUCCCUCAUCAAGGUGACAACACCCACCCCCAGUCCGUCCCCCGACUCAGAUUUGUACGAGACAGACAUGGAGGACGAGGACGAUGAGGUGGUGGAGGAAGAUGACGAAGAGGAAGAAGAGGAUGAGGACGAGGUUGAUGAUGAGCCGGUGGAGGUGGAGGAUGAGGAGGAGCAGAUAGCUGUGAGAAACCCAGAGAAAUAUGAAUACCCAAUUGACUCUGGUCCUUACCAGACCUCGGAUUAUGUGGACUCGUCCUACGAGAAAAGCUACAAGCCAACAACAUCGGCACCUCUGAAAGGAGACGGCGUGACUACACCACGUCCCACAGAUGGCGUCGAUGUCUAUUUCGAAAGGCCAAUCGAUGACACCGAGCAUGCCAACUUCCUGCGAGCCAAAACAGACCUGGAGGAGAGGCGAAUGAAGCGCAUCAAUGAGAUCAUGAAGGAGUGGGCAGAGGCAGACAACGAGUCAAAGAAUCUGCCUAAAUCAGAACAACAAGCUCUUAACGAGCACUUCCAGUCGGUGCUGCAGACUCUGGAGGAACAAGUGGCUGGCGAGAGACAGAGACUGGUAGAGACUCACCUAGCCAGAGUGGAGUCCAUUCUCAACAACAGCCGCCGCCUGGCCCUGGAGAACUACCUGACCGCAGUACAGUCUGACGAGCCGCAGCCCGAGCGCGUGCUGCAGGCUCUGAAGCGAUACAUGGCCGCAGAGCAGAAGGACCGCAGACACACGCUCAGGCACUACCAGCACAUCGUGGCCGUCGACCCGCAGAAAGCUGAACAGAUGAAAUUCCAGGUGUACACUCACCUGCAUGUGAUCGAGGAGAGGAUGAACCAGAGUCUGGCGCUGCUCUACAAGGAUCCCAUCUUGGCCGAGGAGCUGCAUGAGGAUAUCCAGGAGCUGGUCCGUGCAGAGCGGGGAGACAUCAGCGAGCUCAUGACCACCUCCUUCUCGGAGACCCACACCACCGAGGAGCUUCUGCCUGCUGAGAGCGAGGAGGAGAAGGAUGACGAAGAGGAAGAGGAACGAGAAUUCCAGAACAGGCCUUACCCUCCUCGCGUUGAACUGCAGUCCAAUAAAAAAGCAGAUGAAUACGACUACACCGCUUCUGAGAGAGGUCCUACUUACGAAUACGAGGAGAAGGUAAAGAUCAACACCUCUGUGGACCUCAAGCAGGUCGUCUACAAGCCUGACGAGAUAGAGAGAGAUGAACUGCAACCGGACGCCUUGGAGACGUUUAACCGCGGCGCCAUGGUGGGCUUGCUGGUGGUGGCGGUGGCCAUCGCCAUGGUGAUGGUGAUCAGCCUGUUGCUAGUGCGCAGGAAGCCGUACGGCACCAUCAGUCACGGCAUCGUGGAGCAGGUCGACCCCAUGUUGACCCCUGAAGAACGACAGCUCACCAAAAUGCAAAACCACGGCUACGAAAACCCUACUUACAAAUUCUUCGAGCAGAUGAACUGAAGGGGGUUGCAUCUCGUCAUCACGGCGAUGGUGCGCCAACGUCUCCAACCGCCUGUGAUGGAUCUACAACAUUGAGAAAAUAUCAAUCAUCUGGAUAAGCUCGCUCUUUCCCCCCCCCCCCCCCCCCCCAUAAAAUGUUAUGACCGGCAGUCGCCAUUAGCAAAAUGUGAAUAGUAGAUGAACAAUCUCAUCUUCAUUAGAUUAGAUCCUGCUGUAGUGUAGAAAAUACUCCCAUCCAAGCUGAAUGGUGCGUAAUGCUUUAUAAUAUUUAUUUUUACACUUAGAUAAUCAUGUGUAGGCGGCCUGUUUGUCCUCAUUUGAACACCAAACGACUAAGAAUAAAAUACAACAUUUCACUCUACAAAAUGACAAAAAGAACCUACCCUUAAUAGUUGCCGUGAAAAAAUUGGUUAACACACCAGAUAUUCCAUCUAGCUUACAGUAGGGAAGGGAUUCAUAUGGCCCCAUCCCUGGGUGGAAGAGGGGAGGGUUAAUCAUUUUGCAAUGCAGUCUGCUGAAAACGAUGGAAAGCACCAGUCUGUAUAGCAACUGACGCUGCGGUCAAAGUUGGAAUUGCACACAAAACACAUUUUAAGAUUAUUCAACACUCUACUGCCAUCUGAUGCUGAAGUUUUGUCACGUUUCAUGUGUCAGGUAAAGCACGACGAAUGGGGCCGAAUGAAUCCCCUUCCUAGUGUAGUUCCGUUGAUUUGUACCGCUAGAAGCUGCAAGAAGCUACUUUUACGUAAAAGCAUGACGAGUCGCUGUAUGAAGCCGCUGUAAUUCUUUGCGUCGUUCCCGUCACGUCGACACUGUAAAUAACGUGGGAAGUACAUCCUCCUCGUCGUUGGUGUGUAACAGAGUUUAGCCCAUCCACCUCCUUUAGUAGUUCAUUGUGCUGUAACGAGAAGGAGAAACAUUUUCCUUACAUGGCUGAUUGAAAACGGACUGUUGUUAAAAAAAAAAAAAAAUGUAAUAAAAGAAAAAAAAAACAGCACAAGACGACACGGUAACUUCUUUCUGAAUGUAUUUAAGGUAGAUGUUGAGAUUCCAUUUCUUUCUUUCUUUAUUAUUUAUGUCGUUUCCCCGAGUAAUGAGGCCAGGUGAGGUCAUCCCAAAGGAGGUGUAAAAUACUGUAGAGUGCAGAAUAUUUGUGUCAGUGUGUGUAUUCAAGCCUAAAACAGUACACUUAGAUUUAAAUGGUGAUAGUUUAACUUUAAGUAUUGCCAUCUUUGGACUGAACAACACAGCAUUAGCACUCUAUAGACGCUUUAAUACCUUUUCCUCUUGUUAGCCGCCUGCGUCGUUUUAUUAUAAAAGACACUUCUUGAGUAGUUUGAAGAAAGCAGGAUGUAAAAAUAAUGCAUCUUUUUUUUUUGUGUGCAAAAACACUGUACGUUGGAGUUUGUGUUUUGAGAGGCGGGCUAUGGUUGUGUGACACUGGGUCACAGCUUUUGUAUAAUUUGUACAGCUAUGUUAGUGAAUGACAGUGAAGUACUUGCCAUGAUACUACCACUGAAAUCAUAGAUGAGAAUAAGCUUGCCUGUUUAUGGUUUUUAUUUGUAUCGCAAAAACACUGAGGGUCCCCGACUAUAAGACGGAGUGUUAGGGCCACACUAAAAAGAGCAAAGUAGUGCAAUAAAAUUUGUAUUUCAUUUAAUAGGACGUCUUUACUCUCGCAAAAAACAUUUUCUUAGAAAAAGGUUGAAUUUUUCACAACAAAAAUAGGGUUGUACUGUUACUACAAAAAAGUUGUAUUCAUUAAAGAACAUAUUAAAAUUAUUAGUACUGUCAAACGAUUACAUUUUUAAAUCAGAUUAAUGGUGAUUUUUCCAAUAAAUGUAUUGCUAAAUUGGAAUUAACUUUCAAUACUAAUACAUUGGGAAAAAAGUUACAAGAAAAAGUGGUGAAUGUAAAAAUUCCCACACGCACUUAAACACAACAUUCUGAAUUACUCUCUCUCUAGCAACCUGCCAUAUAUUUUUUGACUGAUUAUUUGUUAAAAAAAAAGCUGGCAUUUUAUUUUAUUUUAUUAUCAUUGCUAUGAAAAAUCCAUCCAUCCAUCCAUUUCCUACCGCUUUGUUUAAAUCAAAUUAAUCACACAUUUGUAUUUUGAUUAAUCGAAGAAAAUUACUUGCGUGCUAAAUUUAAAUUACUAUCACAUAAAUGCAUAAUUGUCAGAAUGUUAUACAGGAAGAUUGUUGAAAUGUUUUACUCACAGGCGAAACUCAAAAUAUUUGAAUAUAUAUGUUUGUUUAUUUCAACAGUAUAAUAUAUGACAUAGCAUCAUAACAUCCAACUCAAGAUAUUGUAUGUGUUUGUUUGAUACAAUUUUGAUGAUUAUGGCUUACAGCUUAUGAAAACCUUGAAUUGCACAUUUCAGAAAAUGGGGAGGUUUUCCAAAACUGCAGCCAUGAUCAUCAAAGUUAUAACAAAUAAAAGCUUGACAUAUGUCACUUUGCAUGUAAUGAGUUCAUAUCAUGUAUUAGUUUCAGUUGAAUUGUUGACAGGAAUUAACUUUUGCACAAUAUUAAAACAAUUAUAAUAAUUUUACCUGUAAAUGCACUAUAUUUGUUUGUUUCAAACAAAGUUGCAUUUUUUUUGGUACCUAAACGCAACAUUCUAAAUUACUGUACUCGCUGUCCCCUCAAGCAACCUGCCAUGCAUGUUUUAUCUAAUGGUAGUGAAUAUUUGUUUAAAAAAUAUUUUAUUACAUUAUAUUUUGAAUAGUGCUGUGAAACAAUUACUUUUUAUUUUUUUAUAUCAGAUUAAUCAGACAUUUGCCUUUUGAUUAAUCAUGAUUAAUUGCAGUAAAUUACUUUAAAUUAGUGCUAAGUUUAAAUGAACCCCAAUUUUUGUUUACAAAAGCAAUUUUAUUUUCAGAAUGUCAUAGAGGAACAUUUUGAAAGUGUUUUACUUGAAUGCACAUCAUUUAUUUGUUCAAAACUUGAUAACAGUUUUAUUUUCGGUACCGUUGGCGUUUAUUUUGAAGUGAAAUUUGCACCUAUGUAUGCAUUGAUUGACGUGAACACUGAUCACCAUCCAUUGUUAAGACAGGUAAAGUGUGGACGAAAUAAAUUGUGUGAUUAAUCUGCAUUCAUACAUGAUUAAUGAGAUAAUUAAAAACAUGAGUAAACGUGUUAACUUUGACAGCCCUAAUUAUAAAGAUAUUAUUAUUUCAUAUUUGUAAUAUUCAGAAUGUGUCUGAUUCCCUUUGGAUUUAUGCUUGAAAAAUACUACAAUUUCAUACAAGUCUGAUUUUUUGGGGGGGAGAAAAAAAUAAAACUUUUUAUUCUCCAAGUAAUGACUUAAUUCUAGUACUAUUUUAUUCUUGCUGUGUCCCUAACACUCCUUCAUUCCCUACCAGCAUUUAGCAGAUGUAGAAAGGUAUAUAACACUGUAGUAUUCACAUUUAUACGUAAGUUCAAUUCUUCAUCAGUCUGUCCAUUAUUUAAAAAAACAACACCCUAUGGAAUUAUAACAAAAAAAAUAGAGAUUUGAAUUGCUGCAUUAUUGCCUUUUACAAUGCUGUGUUUUGGAUGUAAUUAUAUUGUAUUUUUUAUUUAUACUGUACGUAAUAAUCAGUUGGAUCAAGGGUCAUAUGCUUUUCACGUGUAACUUUAGGAGCUUGUAUAGUACAACAAUGACAUGUUUAAUAGAAAUGUGAACUCUGGUCAAGUGUAUAUACGACCACUUGGCAGCGUCUGGCAUUAAGCACAAUACAAGCAAAUGACUGUGUGAGCUAGGGAUGGGCUUUCACCAAUAAUCAAUAAUUAUUUUUUUAAAUACAUGUUUAAUGGAAUGGGAGGAUGUCUCUAUGAAUGUUCUGAACUCCUGUGUUGACUGAGCAGAAGAAUGUUGUGAGAAUGUAGCUCAACUUCCCAUAGUUGACGUAAACAGUGCAGACCGGAUCAACAGUGCCUCUGCUGGUCACAGUCAUGUACUACAUCACCUUUUGCCUCAAUUGCUUCAAGACACAAUCAAUGAUUAAGCAAUCUUUAUCUUGCCCCUCCCUAGCUUGCACAGAUUUUAAAAUAUAAGACACUGGUUGUGUACCACCUCUGAUAGUAGUAGAUUUUUGUUUUUCCAUCUGGGCAAUUACCAAACACCAUGUACCAAAAAGAAGUUGAUAAUCUAAUUGGAGAAGAGUUGUUCUCUGUUGUGUAAAUGUACUUGCAAGCAAUCUGAGGCUGUAAAACCCACCACGCUAAUUGAUAGUAUAAUAAAAAAAAUGAUUGACCCAUAAA